GCUAACUAUCCCUCUUAGCUUAACGUUAGCGUUAUUACAAAACACCGAUAGGUUGCCGUUAAACGUCUGCCUGUCGUUCGACGGUCGAUUUUUUUCCCCCUUUUUUUAUGUUUAAUUUAUAUUUUUUUCGACCGAUUUAUCGUCGUUGUGUAUUCAGUUUUUCAUUUCAAUAUUUGUUCUGCUUUUAAUUUCGCUAACAGCCGGGGACAUCCACUGAAUGUCAGAAAGACAAACGAUGAUGGUGAUUGAACUGCCUACACACUGACUGAAGACAUCUAAUGAAAAAUUACUGCAACCUAACAGCAUCCGGUAUGGAGGACAAGGCAAAUGGCUCAGUCGACACCAAAAGCCCAGUGGAGAAUGGUCAGCUGCCCGACCCUUCCAACUGGGGAGUUGCUGACGUCGUCAAUUAUUUCAAAGCAACAGGGUUUGAAGAACAAGCUACAGCUUUCCAAGAUCAGGAAAUUGACGGCAAGUCUUUGCUCCUGAUGACGCGAAACGACGUCUUAACGGGACUGUCGAUAAAACUCGGCCCGGCGCUGAAAAUCUACGAAUACCAUGUGAAGCCGCUGCAGACUCAGCACCUGAAGAGCAAUGCGUCAUAGCACGGCCAGCUCACCCCGCCACGCACCUCAGUGACAAUCAUCAUGUCAGGAGACUCCAGGUUAGCUGCGGCUUCACAAAAACAGGGUGUCAACAGCGGCACCUUAACCAGAUUUGAAUGCUGUAUGUUCGGUUUUUUGUUGUUGUUCUUGUUUUCUUUUUUUUUUUAAUAAGCGUGGAUCCCAAAAAAAAAAACUGUUCUGCACAAUUCGUCCACCCAGCUGUUUACCCUUUUAGCCAUUCAUAUUUCUGCUGCUUAAAUAUGUAUUUUUUGUGUGUUUUAUUUAAAUAAAUGAGAUUUAGGGAGUAUUCUAAAGAUGCGUGUGUGUGAGUGUGAAAAGUUAAUUAACCUAUAAUGUUUUUUUUUUUUUUUUAAGUAUUUGUAUAUAAGAUAAUAUAUAAUUAA